AUGGAAAAAUUAAAUGAAGAAAGAAUUAUACUUAAUGUCGGAGGAAUAAAGUAUGAAACUUAUCGUUCGACAUUAAUAGCAUUUCCCGAAACAUUACUUGGCACAAUGUUUCAAGAAAGGAAUAAUGAAUUAUUGAAUUCAACAAAUAACAAUAAUGAAAGUAAUAAAGACGAAUAUUUUUUUGACAGGAACGGCAAAGCUUUUCAUUAUAUUAUGGAAUGGUAUCGUAAUGGUGGCGAAAUAAUUUGGCAUAAUCACGAUGGAGCAACGGUAGCAACAGAAGAAGGAAAAAAUGAUGAUGUUAAAUAUAGGUUUAUUACAGCUUUAAUUGAAACAAUUGAUGAUUAUCGAUGUGAUUUAAAAAAAUCAAAUGAAAAAUUAAAGGAAUUUGAGAUUUCAGGAUAUGGAAUUAUUAAUAAUUAUUUAUCAUCAAUAAUUGGAUUAUUAUUAGGAGGAGAUGAGAAUAAUGACAACGAAGAUAAUAAAAAUAGUAACAAUAAAUCAAUUGAUGAAAUUCUUAUGGUUCGUAGUGAUGAUUUAACACCUGUUGAAGAAAAAUACAUUCAAUUAAAUGUCUACUUGAAUUAUGAUUAUGAUAAAAUUUUUGAAAAUAUCAAGAAAUUUAGCUUAGAUUAA